AUGACGAGCCCCGUUGUCGGCACCUCUCCCUCUCUUGAGGGGGAUAGGGAGGCAGAACGCACGUCGUCUGGUGCGCCGUUCGCGGCGAACGCGGGCUCCCCGCAACCUGUGGAGUCUUCCCCCACAGCAGAAGCUGCAGUGCAGGGUGCAAAUACGUGCGACGGGGGAGUCAACGUCGGGCCCCCGUCUUCCCCACAAAACCCGACAAAUGUUUUCGCUCCACCCGUAGCCGACCCGAAAUCUCCAGUGCAGGACGCUGAUAUCACUUCCCGGACUGUUCCGGCGACACAUCCCGCAUCCCGGCUCGAAGAGCCGUCCGCGCUUCAUGUGUCUUUAACUGCAUCCGCCUGGGAGUCUGUAGCACUUCGUGCGCCCAGCGACGCACGGGCUGUUGCGGGACCGGAACGAGAAACGUUUCCCCUCCCCGUUUCUUCUGUCUCUGCUUCCCUUCCGCCCCGGCAAACUGCGCUGGGGCCUCCAGAUUGCGUCUCGGCCCCGGCAGAGACGCCGGCGCAGACUUCUUUCGACAGCGAGAGGCCGGGCAGCGAAGGGAAGGCAGGCAUCAGGUGUUACAUAGAACUCAAGAGAGGUGCCGCUGAGCCGUCUGCGGACUCCACGGCCGACUGUGGCGGCGCGAGGGGCGCGGAGGCCUCGCACCUUUUGGAGCCGAAGGUCGAAAAAAAUGACGCGUCAGGCUCGAACGCGUCUGACGCGGGAUUCGACGCGCACGGUCCACACGCUCCACUGUCUGUGCAUAGUGCCGAUGGGAAGACGACUCCCGCAGGCAAGAGCGAGAUAGGCCAGACGUUAGCGACCGAAGCUGGCGGCAGGCCAGCAGGAGCAGAAGAUCCGCGCAGCGCUGGCCCAGGCGGGAAGGAUGAGGCAGCAGAGACAGCUGAAGCCUACCGCGGAGCCGAGGAGACAGAGGACUCCUCAGAUGAGGAUGCGUUGUUGCGCCCCAAGAAGAAGCGAGGCGAGAAGAAAACGGAUGCACUCGGGAAUGACGGGACACCACCGAAGAAGAGAAAAGAGAGGCCUGGCGAAGAGGACGGCGCCGGAAAAUCGGUCAAAGGCAAACAGAAGGCACGCGAAGGCGGCAGCUUCGGAGGCGGCGCGAAGAAGCCUCUCCUUGCGCAAAAGGGACCAAAGAAACAGCGCAGUCAAUCUGCUCAGACCUCCGCGAGCGAAGCAGAAGACGAAGCGCGCGUGGGUCGGCCUGCUGUCAGCGAGAAGAAAGCCAAAGCCGUAGAUAGACAAGCACGUGGGGACUCCGCGCCCGGAGAAGACGAAUCUGAUGAGGAAGCGAAUCAGGAGCUCGAGCAGUACAUAGAAGCGAUCACAAAGAAGCUUUGGACUCUAUACACGCAGCAAGUUGUGGAUGCCCGAGAGCUUCUGGACCACCAGCUUUCAAAAGGCGGCCUUCACCCCGUCUCUAACGAGGGUGUUGCAACUGGCCUCAUGACGGCCUGUGCCCGUCGACGCGUCGGCAUGACCUCGCUUCUCGCCGGCGCCCUUCAGUCCAAGAAACUGGCGGCGAGGCGGUUGGCGGCUUCCCUCACGGAGGCGUCACGGUCAACUGCAGGGAGAGAGCUGUCGCCGCCGCGGAUCUCGGAGAGCGAACUUCUCCAGCUGGCCGUGGAGCACGCAGCAAAGCAGCCGUCCGAGUCUGCCCAAAUGCCGGACCCGUCGGUGCGAACAACUCCGUACCCGCGGCCAGGAAAGCCGCCACGCGCGACCGUUCCAUCGAAGCAUGACCUCAUCCACGCCGUGAGCCGUGAGCAAGCGGGGGAGUGUUGCUCCCCGUGCUGCUCGGGGACGUGCCUCAACCUGAUCUUUGCGCCGCUCUUGGCGUCUGCUGAGAGGGCGGCGGACGCGAGCGAGACAGGCGCGAGCGAGACAGGCGCACCGCGGGCCGAAGACACGCGCGCUGCAGCCGAUCUCCGGGCCCAGCUGAAGGAGCAAGACUGCUGCUGUUGUUGCGUUAUCCACGCGCCGUCGAGAUCCAGCAGCGACGACGAGGGACCUUCGCGGCGCUCGCAUUCGACUUCGAGAUGGGCGUACGCCGACCAAGUCAGCGCAUUCGACCGAGCGAAGGUCCGGCCGCAAUACACCGCCAGCGACGACGACGGCGUGCGGCGAGGAGAGAGUGGGACGGCCGCGAGUCGGGCUCCGGAUCGACGAGGCGCCGCGACCCGUCCGCUCGCGCCGCAGCUCGGCGCCGGCGGAGUGGGCCGAGGCCGCCGCGGUCUCCGAGGCGGGAGCAGUCGGCCGGGCGUGGCUUCGAGGGCCGGUGCGCCGCUAGACCGGAGUGCGAUGUUUGGCACGGCGGACCAGCGACCGGAGAAGUGGACGCCUCGGCCGGCGGCGCUCAGACGCCUGGAAGGCUCGACAAGUCGGGGCCUGGAGAAGGCCGCGCCGCUCGGCGCCGGCCGAGCGCGGGGCUCCGCGCCGAGAACGCGCUUGCGGGGAGGCCCCGCAGGCCUCGCGGGCUCGGGGGGAUCGCGAGUCGGGAAGCCACGGAUCGCCUCAAGCAGCAGCGACAGCAGCAGCGACAGCAGCAGCGCGAGCAGCUCCAGCAGCGAGGAGGAGACGAGUGCGCGGAAGGCGCUGCGGGACGGAAAGAAACGGACCGAUUCCGCGGCUGAGCAUGGGAACCGGCCCCGAACAAUCGGCGGUGGGGCUCCUGGGGCGCUGCGCACAGGCGGGAGCGGUCCUCCCGAUCGCGCGGCGUUGAAGGCCCGCUUUCAGAGAUUCUGCAGGCAAGACGAGGAACAGAAACUGCCGGUGCUCAAGGAGGCCUGUGUCGCGAUGUUUGUGACGGCGAUGAAGGAGCUAUGUGGCGAGCCUUGGGCGCAGCACUACGCCGUUCGCAUCCUCUUGCGUUCCAGGGACGCGGUUCUGCCUCAGUUCCUGCGAAACAGCGGACUGCUUCUUCUGCGCGAAUGGACGGAAGCGCUCGCGGUGACUCCAGAAAGCGUCGAAGAGCACGAAGGAAUGCUGAUUUCUGUGCUGAGGCUUCUCCACCGCCUCCGGCCGACUCGCCAGGAAAUCGCCCAGGCCAAGAUCGGCCUUCUCGUUCGAGGGAUGGCGCAGCGGAGGAAGACGUUAAAGUGCGACUUUGAAGCCUGCAGCGAGGAAGUGUCGGCCGUGGCGGAGAAGCUGCUGGACAAGUGGAGAGCGAUGUUCGCUCCAGCGCAGCAUUCCGACGGACAAGCGCAGAGCACGGCUGGGACACCUGUUCCCAGCAGUGCAGCCCCGCCGGGAAGCCGCGCUUCGUCAGGGUCUCCAGCUUCCCUUUCCGCUCGCGCGGCUGCUCCCCCGCCGCCUCGGCCUGGCGCCGCUCCUGACCGGCAGGGAGCCGCCGGCAAGGGACACGGAACGGAGACAAGCCAGUCUGUGAUCAACGGGAGGAGCGACGAGCGUGCCCUGCGGAGCCGAGACGGGAAGCGGAGCGCUCCCGGGGGAGGGGAACGAAGGGCGCGAGUAGAGGAGGCGCUGCGGUCUCUCGAGGAGCUCGGUUGGAACUUGGAAGACAAGGAAAAGCGAAGACGACUUGAAAUUGCAGGGACGUACUCGCCGACAGCAGACUGUGACGAGGUCCAGGAGGCCGCCGGUCCCAGCGCCCGAAAAGCCGGGGAUGAUCGCGGUCGUCGCGUGCAUUUCUGUCCUGCUCGGCAAGCAGUUGCAGAUAUGGUUUUCUUCAACAGUCUCGACGCGCCAAACGCAACGUCCCUGAAGAAUGAGAAACUGAAGGGAGAUGAAGCUGCCGAGCAUCUCGCUUGCCUUCGCCAGAGCAAGGCCGAAGCCGAUAGCUUUGAUCGACGUCGGCGGAUGCACACCUACAAAGAGAUCGACGGCUACACUGCGGCAGGCUCUGGCGAGCGGAACUUGACCGUGACCAAGCCUGCAGCUGGAGACCACACGCCGCGGCGCGACGCGCCCAUGAAGUUCACGACGCCUCUGCCGCUUGACUUCUCCGACGUGAAACCUCCGCACGCGUAUCCGAGCCCUCCAUCUGCGCCGGCGACGCCGCCGCCAGGUUCGCCGCCGGUCCGCGUCGAGCCCCCGAAGCAGCUCUUCGCUGCCAUCGCGCCGUUUUCUUUCCUUCCCGUCCCCACGAUCUCCUCGGACGCACAGGUGUCUCCGGCGCCGGCACUCCACGCGAGCGACGGCAGGCGGGCGAAAGGCGCAGGAAUCCCGGGCGAAGGCCUUUCGCGAGGAACAGCCGCCGAGGACGGCGACGCAGGGACGGACUUGUCAGCCGACGGAGAGAGUCGCGAAUCGCAGCCGGGCGCCGGCGGCCCAGCUGCUGGAACGCCGCUGGCCGUGCCGCCGUUUGGACUCCCGCCUGGACCGCCCAUGAUGGCCGCGCCUCCAGGCGUUCCCUUCUUCCCGGCUCCGUGCUUCCCGCCGCUCGCUGCUCCCGGCUUUCCGCCGUUCGGGCCACCCUACGUGGCUCUGCCACCUCCAGGCUUCAUGCAGCCGCCGCCCGGAAUGUUUGGUCUUCCGCCUCGACAGUCCGAAGCAUUCCCCGGAGCUCCAGGGAGUGGUUCGGGGCGUGCGGGAGGGUUUUCCGCGCAUGUGCCAGGCAGGGUGACCGCCCCGCCUCGAGGGCGGGGCGGUCACCCGCCCGGCGGUUGGCGGCCGGAGCGACGAGGCUCUGGAGCACCGUUGAAGCCGUCGUUCUCCGAUCCCCCAGAAAAAGUGCGGCGGAGCGGCGCGCGCCAGGCUCGGGCUGCUCUGUCGUGCCAGAGCACUCAAACCCUCGAGAGGGUUCUCACGCGCGGCCUUUGUCAGGGGCGCUCUCACGGCGUUUUCCACGACAUUUUUCAGAUGUUUGUGUUUCUGUGCGCGCAGGUGAGGUGGACCGCCCAGAGAGCUGCGCGACUCAGGAACUUCAUUGUGUCUCUCGUCGCCGAGCACAGACUGGCGAGUGCUCCGGAAUGCCGCUCCUUCGUUCGCGCCGGGCACACCUCAGGACAGGCGCCGGAGCGUGGACCUCCGGAGCGUCGAGGACUGUCUCCGUCUGAGCGCCACGCGUCGCCGCUCACGUUCUCAUCUGCCGGGGUUCAGUUUGCCAGGCCUCGACGGAGUCUUGCAGCAAACACGGAAAGAGAACCUGUCCCCGACCAGGUUGAACACGCCUUUUCGGUCGCUGCCACCUGUGCCCUAAAGCGGAUAGCGCAAGUCCCUUUCGACCCGCGCGCGCGUCUCUCUUGGCGGAACUCCGUCGGCCGAACGCUUGCUUGCCUGGCGGCAGUGGGAAUGGCCAAAGAUGCGCGACGCCUGCUGGAUGUUUGCGUUGGAAGGACACGGACACCCCACGUGGAACUCAAGAGGACGAACGAAGGGGAAUCCCUGCACGUGGCGGGCGGCUACCGUGGCGGCGAAGUUGAAGCUCAACGGUGGCGACGAGCCUGCGAUGCGGAGAUUGUCGAGACUCUCAUCGAGAAGUGUCCGUUGUAUGCCUUUGCCGAUAUGGUUGGCGCUUUUGCGUCGCUGAGACUGAUCGAUCCAAAAUCUCUGCAAGUGCUCCAGAGACGCACAAAACUGGAGGAACGCCGUUUCACCGCACGGACCUUGACUUACCUUGCUUUGUCUGCGAAGGAACUGCCUUCGCCUCUGGAUGCGGAGUACCUUGAAAGUCUUUGCCCCGCCAUAGCCAGCUGCCUGUCCCGACACCCCGAGGCGUUUAAGCCCCGAUUCAUUGCUCGAAUCGCAAAUGCCUGCGCCCGCCAUGCCUCGCGUGCGCAGAUUCACCACACCUUCGACCUCCUCCAGGACAGGAUGCUGGACACGCUGGACGAAUUUGAUGGCCCCAGCCUGGUGCUUGCGUUGUGCGAAUUUAGCAAAGUGAGCGCCAGGCACCAUUCACUGUUUUCGGCGUGCGUCCCCCGUUUACGCGCGAUGAUUCCCUUCUUGACGCCAGUGGACACGGUCAUGCUGCUGGCAACACUCGAAACUGUUUGCUGGAAGACUUCCGGCGCCUUUCCCGCCUGGCCUUCCUCUGGACCUGUUCGCGAACUCGCGCAUGCAGUGCUUUGUCGGCUACACGAGGAGGGCCCCGCAAGUCUUCAGUCGGACGGAAGGUCCAUCUGCCGGCUGCUGGAUAUCCUCUCCCGCAUGCCUCAGGAGCCUCUCGCAAGCGCGGUCUUCGACGCCGUGUGCGGGGCUGUCGGCGCAGUUGAGAAAAGCUUGGCAGAGAGACAGAUAAUUGAUCUCAUGAAUGCGUGCAGCCGUCUUCAGCGUUUGCCGCCUCUCUGUCUGAUUUCAGCCGUAUUCGCGGCGGGCGAACGGCUCUUGUUCACCUGUGACCCAAAGUACGUGGCGCUGUUUUGGCAUGCGCUACCCGCAUUUCUGGACGCGUCGUCCCUGGAGUUCAAGGCCCCCGGCGCGGAUGAGUCUUGUCUUUCGUCCACACGCGAUGAAGAACGACUUGGGGGAUUAAGGUGGAAGGAAGGUGCGCGACAGACGUCUAGCGCCAGCGGUCGACUGGAAUAUGCAUCGUCGACAGAGGCGCGUUCGGUUGCUGGGUCUCACGGGCAAGUCCCUUCGGCUCGCAGCGUGCGGCAACUCGAGCAGGCGGAGCACGAAACCGGCUCCCACGUGCCAGGGAAUCCUGAGGACCGUCUGCGUUCGUCAGCUGGCGGUUUCUCGUAUCGCGGGGGAAGGCGUGGAUCGUCGUGCAGUCAAAGCUCGUGGAUAUCCGCGGACGUGUCAGCGAUGGCGACGCGUCUGCUCUCAGAGCUGUGUGACCACCUCGCAGGGAGAGAAACGCCACACAGGCCAGCGGGCUCAGCCACAACGGACGCUGAAUCCUCUGGCGGUUCAUGGUCUGUAAUGCAACCCCGGGACAUGGCGAUGAUCCUGAACGCCAUGAGCAGGAUGGAACUUAUACACCUCGGCACUCUUCGUGCGGCAGAUGCGGACCUUGGACAGCCAGGGAGGCUCUCGCGUUUCACCAUUCACGAGCUCACCCUGACUCUGAAUGCAUUCAGUCGGCUCCGCUUCCAGCUGUCUCCACGCUCGUCGGACGCUAUCAGCGAACGUCUACAACACUUUGUGCGUUGUCAGAAAGCGAGGCAUUCAUCCAGUUGGAGAGCCUCCGUUCGGGAAGAAAACGACGUUCGUCUAACAGACGAGGAGCCGGCGCCAGUCGGACUGCUGUGUUGCUUGGCCCACAGUCUGGUAAAACUGGAAAGCCCGGUUUGUCAGACAUCCGGAUUCCUUGGACUCCUGGAGUUGAUUGCCGGGAUGUGCAGCGAGAGCGGAACUGAUCCUUCUUCGAUGGAUACAGGUCGACACAGCGAAGGCGUUUCGAACAGCGUCGGCGCAGCGCUGAAUCGUAGAGAGCUACAAAGUGACCCAGCCGCGCAGCCAAUGUCGAAAUCAAGGCAAGGGCCGUCGGACGAUGCUGCUGGGCGUUCGCUGGGGUUUCGCCAGUCUAUAGAGAAGCGCCAUGAUUCGGAGCACGUAGGAGACGAACCAAACUGUCAGAGCCCUCCUUCCACGCAGGAGUUCAUGCACCGGACACCCGCGGAAGGCGAUGACCGGGUCCAGUGGAAUGGAACCGCGCGGAAUUUGUCACUCGCCCUCUUCGCCACAACCUUCUGGUCGUACGCCUCACGAACAAGUCUGGCAAUAUCCCGCAGAGAGAGAGAGAUCUCGGAACUGGAUGCUCCGCUGUUGUUCCAGAUCGCCGACGGAGUGGCUUCAGCAGCCAGGCAGGAAGGAUGGCGCCUGGACCGCCCGGCUCGGCGCCAGUGUUUGAUGAGUGCGUUGGUGCUCUGGACUAUGUGGAUGGAUAAGCGAGCACGGAGCUUGCGGCUGCAAUCUCAGGCUGUCGAUCCGUUCCUGAGAUGCGCUCAAAUUAUCGUGGGUCUGCUGGACAUGAACCACGAAAAGACGGACGUGUCGGACUGUCGGUCGUCGACGGUGCAAGAAGAAGUCUACCGUGCCACGCAGAGUCUGAUCACCCAACGAAUCGUACUUCCCGGUUCUCUUCUCAAACCAGAGGAGCGAGUGUUAUUGUAUACCAUUGAUCUGCUGCUCAUUCGUGAUAUGGAGGGGCCCUCCGGAGAAGUGCCGACACGCGACGAACCUUCGGCAGAGCGCUCCUCGACUUUGGUCUCUUCCUCGGAAAAAGACUGUGGAGAGCAAACGAGAGCGACACACGAAGGUGAACGAUACCUAAUUUCAACUUCCGCUGUGUAG